ACAUAAAAAGGCACUGCUCACAGCUAAGGGGCUCAGUAUUAUUUAAACGUCGGAACCGUAAAGCUUCAUCCAUGAGAAUAUUUCAAUUACAAUUCUCCUAAUAGUUUAUCAAAUUAAAUUUCAAAGUACUUCAACGGCAAUGAGUACUCAAGCAUUCGAACAAGAGGUGCUUAAGGCCCACAAUUCCUAUAGAACUCGCCACAAUGCGCCUCCACUGCAGCUGAAUGAACAACUAUCCAAACUAUCCACCGACUGGGCAAAGUAUCUACUGGCCAAAAAUCGUAUGGAGCAUCGUCAAAACAGUGGAUAUGGAGAGAAUAUCUAUAUGGCUUCGGGUGGUAAUCUCACUGGUACAGAUGCAGUAACAUCCUGGUAUAAUGAAAUCCAUCAGUACAAUUGGCAACGACCAUCCUUCCAAAGUAACACGGGCCACUUUACCCAAGUGGUGUGGAGAUCUUCUACACAGCUUGGCGUAGGAUUUGCUCGACGUGGGAACACAAUUUAUGUAGUGUGCAACUAUGAUCCACCUGGCAACUUUAUGAACCAGUUCCCGGAAAACGUCCAUCCACCGAAAUAAUUCCACAUAUCAAAAAGCUUUUACACCAAAAAUUAGUUAAACUACAUUUUAUAAAGUUCAUAACAUUCCA